UCAAUUCUCAAGUGAUGGGAAAAGAAAGCAUGAUUCCCAAAGCAAUUGUUUUCCUUAGCCUUUUCUCAGCUACGGUUCUUCUCAUUUGGUCUGAAGUGGGAGCUGUGGAGCUGACCGACGCUUCCAAUACCAUUGAUACAUUUUUUACCACAGCUAAGAAAGCUGAGAAGACAAAUGGAGUUGAGGUCAAUGAUUUCAAAAACUUGGGAGGGGAUGGCUUCGGUGGCGGCUAUGGUGGUGGCAUCUUUGGUGGUGGAAGCGGAAGCGGAGGCGGAGGCGGAGGCGGCUAUGGUACUGUGGCCGGAACUAAAGAGGCUGAGAAGACAAAUGAAGUUGAGGUCAAUCAUGUCGAAUACUCAAGAGACGGUGGCGGAGGAGGCGUCUAUGUUGGCGGAGGCGGCUACAUUGGUGGACGCACUGGUGGCGGAGGUGGCGCCAAGCCUUAAAGCAGGCUGUGAAGUGGAAGUGCUUAAAUUCCUAUAACUGAAUAAAAUGCAUGAAUGAAAAAUGAAGCAUAGUACAAGUUCUCUUUGUGGUGUGAGCAGCGUCUGAUUGUUGUUUAAAUUUCCUUUAAAUUUUUGGAAUAAAAUCUUACAUUAAAAUUUGUGAAA